CCAACCAACUAACUAACUAACUAACCACCCAACUCGUCAUGUCCUCUUUUUUUCUCUCUCUCCCGAUCUCCAAUUUUCACUCUUUCUCUCUCUCUCUCUCUCUCCUUGGUGGUGGUUAUGUUUUUUGUCUCAAUCCUCGAAGCUCUGCCACUCUCUCUUCCCCCAAACAAUGGGUGAACGCCUUGAAGAAGACGACCGAGAGGCACUGGCGGCGUUGCCCUCCGCCCCGCCCCGCCGCAAAGCCCAUUCCCACAGCCACCAAUUGCGCAGCAACACCGGCGGCCAUUACAAGCGCCACCACCAAAUGCGUAAGCACAGCCUCGACGACGACCGCAUCCCCCAAAACAUCGACCACUUUUACGACUCCUCCGACGAGGAAUUCUACCCCUACCCCUACUCCAACUCCAUCUCCACCACCACCGUCACCCCCACCGAUGCCCCCUCAGACUCCCUCGACGAGUCUUAUCUCAGCCAGAGGCUCGAUCUCAACCUCUCCGUUGAAUGCUCCGACGAAGUCCGAAAACCGCUUCCGGAAUUCGUCGGCAGCGGUGGCGGCACCGGGAUCUUCAAGGUCCCGUUGCGCGCCGCUGUGCAUCCUGGCCGCCCAACCUGCCUCGAGCUGAGGCCACACCCGCUCAGAGAGACUCAGGUUGGGAAAUUCUUGAGAACUAUUGCUUGUACGGACAGUCAGCUUUGGGCUGGGCAAGAGUCUGGAAUUAGGGUUUGGAAUUUGACGGAUGCGUAUGAGUUGGGAAUUGGAAUGGGCGGUAGGGCUCGAAGAGGGGACGAGGAUGCUGCACCGUUCUACGAAUCUGUCAAUACUUCGCCCACCAUGUGUUUGUUGGUGGACAAUGGAAAUAAAUUGGUAUGGUCUGGGCAUAAGGACGGUAAGGUUAGGUCUUGGAAGAUGGACCAGCCUUUGGAUGAUACUCCUUUCAGGGAAGGUCUCUCUUGGCAAGCUCACCGCGGUCCCAUUCUUUCCAUGGUGAUAACUUCUCUUGGUGACCUAUGGUCAGGUUCUGAAGGAGGAAUUAUAAAGAUUUGGCCAUGGGAAUCCAUUGAAAAAUCUCUGUGUCUGUCAUCAGAGGAAAGACGCAUGGCUGCUUUAUUAGUGGAGAGAUCAGCCGUUGACCUGAGAAGCCAAGUUACGGUUAAUGGUGUGUGUAGUAUAUCUUCUUCAGAUGUGAAGUGCUUUCUAUCUGAUAAUGUUAGAUCUAAAGUAUGGGCUGCUGGGUCUUUAUCCUUCUCAUUGUGGGAUGCUCGUACAAGGGAACUUUUAAAAGUAUACAAUGUAGAUGGUCAAAUUGAGAAUCGAGUUGACAUGUCAGCUGUUCAAGAUCAAGCAGUUGAAGAUGAGAUGAACGUAAAGUUCGUUUCCAAAUCUAAAAAGGAGAAAUCCCAAGGAAAUAGUUUUCUGCAACGUUCACGUAAUGCUAUAAUGGGAGCUGCAGAUGCUGUUCGUCGGGUUGCCACUAAGGGUGCAGGUGCAUUUGUGGAAGAUACUAAAAGAACAGAAGCACUGCUACUAACUCUUGAUGGAAUGAUAUGGACUGGCUGUUCAAAUGGCUUACUUGUGCAGUGGGAUGGAAAUGGGAAUCGCUUACAAGAUUUCCAUUACCAUCCUUAUGCUGUUCAAUGCUUUUGCACUUCGGGGUCACGAAUAUGGGUUGGCUAUCUAAGUGGUAUGGUCCAGUUGCUCAAUCUGGAGGGAAAUCUUAUUGCAGGUUGGAUUGCUCACAGUAGUCCUGUGAUAAAAUUAGUAGUUGGGAGAGGUAAUGUUUUUAGCUUGGCUACUCAUGGUGGUAUACGUGGAUGGAGCAUCUCAUCUCCUGGACCACUAGACAACAUAUUGCGGUCAGAGUUGGCUGCAAAAGAACUAAUAUACACGAGACAAGAAAAUGUUAGAAUGUUAGUUGGCACAUGGAAUGUUAGUCAAGGGCGGGCCUCUCAUGAGGCACUUAUGUCAUGGGUGGGUACUGCAGUAUCUGAUGUUGGCAUCGUUGUAGUUGGGUUGCAAGAAGUGGAAAUGGGCGCAGGUUUUUUGGCGAUGUCUGCGGCAAAAGAAACUGUAGGACUUGAAGGGAGUUCGGUUGGGCAAUGGUGGCAGGAUGCAAUAGGAAAGACCUUGGAUGAAGGAACGACUUUUGAACGUGUAGGAUCCAGACAGCUAGCAGCCCUGCUAAUAGCUAUCUGGGUAAGAAAGACACUUAGAACACAUGUUGGGGACCUUGAUGUUGGAGCUGUUGCUUGUGGUUUAGGUCGUGCAAUUGGUAAUAAGGGGGGUGUAGGUUUGAGGUUGAGAGUAUAUGAUCGCAUAAUGUGCUUCGUGAACUGUCAUUUGGCUGCACAUUUGGAAGCAGUUAAUCGCCGCAAUGCUGAUUUUGAUCAUAUUUAUCGAACAAUGGUCUUCAGCCGGUCAUCUAACCUCCUUAAUAAUGCUGCUGCUGGUGUCUCAACUGCUGUUCAAAUGCUUCGUGGUACCAAUGCUGGGGGGAUCAAU